CUCUCUCUCACUGUGACCCCCUCCUAAUCUAUGUCCAAGCUGCGCCUCAUCCUGCUCUUCAUUACCACCAUCAACCUCAUAAUUCUAUCACAAUACCUCCUAUCAAAUCCACUAACACAAGUACCCUUCUCCUUGUUGUCACCGAAUCUCUCUGCAUCUCAUUCUGAUCACCCCCAAGACCCCCCCACAUUCCUCCCUCUCAAAGAUCCCAGACUCACCAAAUCUCCGUGGACAUGGUUCAUGAGCUCGCUCAACGACACCCAAGAACCAAACUCCCCUCUUCAUCUCCUCUUCCCUUCUCCUCCCUCUAACAGCACUCUCCUCUGCCUCAAUGCUCAUGACCGACGCAACGGCUCCAAGAACUUCUACGCCCUCGCAAACCCGAACUCUCUCCCGCACAAUUCAACAUUGUUGCCAGGCCUAACCGUAGUCUCCGACACGUACUAUGAUUACAACAACCUUUGGCACUCGAUAUCUACGGUGGUUCCUUUUAUAGCUUGGCAUCGGAAGAACGAGUGCGCUAGGCCGAAGAGAUGGGUGCUGUUCCAUUGGGGCGAGCUCAGGACUGAAAUGGGGAGUUGGGUUAAGAGCUUGACGGAGGGUGCAACUGGCAAUGAGGUUAAGAUUGAGGAUUUUGAGGAGUUUGAGGGUUUUGGGUCUGUUUGUUUUGAGAGGGCUGUUGUGUUUAGGCAUGCUGAGAAGGGGUUGCCAGCAGGAGAGAGAGAGAAAGUCUAUGAUAUGAUUAGAUGCAGAGUUAGAGAUUAUUGUGGGGUAAAUUUUGAUGGUUUGAGGAAUGAGAUUAGAGUUACUUUGUUGUUGAGAGUUGGAGGGAGGGCGUUUAAAAAUGAGAGUGCUGUGGCUGGAGUUUUCCAGGGGGAGUGUGAGAAGGUGGAUGGUUGUGCGAUGAAGAUUGCAUGGCCCCAUAAUAUGACAUUUUGUGAUCAGGUGAAGUUGCUGAGCGACACGGACAUCCUUGUUUCCGCCCAUGGAGCGCAAAUGACCAACUUGAUCUUCAUGGACAAAAACAGCAGCGUAAUGGAGUUCUUCCCUAAAGGAUGGCUUGAGCACGCUGGCGUUGGACAGUUUGCCUUCAAAUGGAUGGCAGGUUAUACAGGGAUGAGGCACCAAGGGCAGUGGAAGGAUAUAGAAGGCGAGGAUUGUCCUCACGAUGACAACGCCAACUGUUUUGCUUUCUACAAAAAUGGUAAAAUUGGGCACGACGAAGCGUAUUUUGCUACUUGGAUGGCCGAUGUCCUUCGAGAGGUGAAGGCGUCGAAGAGCAGCAACAAGCAAGAGAUCCAGCAAAGUGAAUGCCCUUGCAGCUGAGGUUCUUCUAUUGUCUAAUUUUUGCACCACAAAAUUAUCACAGCUAUGUCUGUUGUUGUCAUUACAUUUAUUCGUAUCCGCAUGCUCUACAAUGUUCACAAAUUCAGCGUCCAAAGGUUUGUAUCCAGAUACAAAGGGCAUCGUGACAUGAGCUGUCAUGCAAAAAGACUAGCAGUGGCAGUUACAGCAGACGACCAGUACUCAAAUCCUAGUAUUCGGCCAUAAAACAGUCGACUAAGAUUGUCAGGGGCAU